AUGCCAGCUUCUUGCACCAUGAAUUGCUGUUCUUGGGUGCUGGGCUGUCCCAGCAGCCAUCCUCCCAUCCUGCUCCCCAUGAACAAGAGCCAGGCCCCUCCCAGGUAGCACGCUGAGCUGGCAGCCCUAGAGCUCUGGUCAGGCCUUUGUGACCAGAAAGUGGGGAAAAUGUAUCCCAGGAAGGGGCAGAUACUGCCCAUAUUCACACCUACUUGUGGCUGACAGGCUAGAGCCAGAUCUGCUGACUGCCACUCGUCAGAGCCCCUGGAUGGCCAUCUCACCCUGUUUCACCCCACUUGGGGUGUUGAGAGUAGAGCUGGGGGCCACUCCAAUACCUACUCCCUCCACUCUGAGUGGCCCGACUUGGGAGACCACUUCUCUGACCACUGGCCACUGGGAAGAACCAUACCUGGCAAAGGUUCGUUCCUAGGCUCCCAAGUGUGGAGUGAACUGCCAUUUUCCCUGCUGGUGUGUCGGUCAGGAACCAGGCCUUUAGAUGCAGAUGCCUGAGGACGUGAUUGCAUUGUCCAUUCCUGUCAAGGGGCAUGGUCCAGGGAUGUGCCCUUGAACCCAGGCAGAGGAGAGCAGUGGAGUGCGGGGGCCGCCUGCCUGGUACAGAGCCCAGAGGGGCCUCAGAUCCUGCACUUUCCUGCUCUGUUUACAGACAAGCUGCUAUCCUCCUUGGGUGAGGGGAAAGGGGUGGAGCAGAGGGCAGGUGCCAAGGUGGCACGAGGCUGGGCAUGUGCCUGGUCUCAGACAGUGUCUCAGGAGUAUCAGACACCUGGAAGUGUCACUCUGAGGACCCCUGCCCCCACUGCAGUAUCUUAGAUUUCUUCCGAAGCUGACCUCCAACCUGGAACCAGCCCGAGUCCAGGUACCCCAACCCCUGCCCUGGGCCCAGAGUCCCCCAUCAGAAUCUUGGCUCUGCUUUUAGCAUCUGACGCCAGAGGGGCUGAAAAUAGCCCCUGGAGGAGGAGGAGGAGGGGGCUAUUUAAAGGGCCUGGGAGGAGCGGAGCCGAGGGGGUAAAGCUGAUCAUGGCCACUUCAGAGCUGAGCUGCCAGGUGUCUGAGGAAAACUGUGAGCGCAGAGAGGCCUUCUGGGCUGAGUGGAAGGAUCUGACACUGUCCACGCGGCCUGAGGAGGGUUGCUCCCUGCACGAGGAGGAUGCCCAGCGGCAUGAGACCUACCACCAGCAAGGACAGUGCCAGGCACUGGUGCAGUGUUCCCCCUGGCUGGUGAUGCGUAUGGGCAUCCUUGGCCGCGGGCUGCAGGAGUACCAGCUGCCCUACCAGCGGGUGCUGCCGCUACCCAUCUUCACCCCCACCAAAAUGGGUGCUGCCAAAGAGGAGCGCGAGGAUACCCCCAUCCAGCUGCAGGAGCUGCUGGCACUGGAGACGGCCCUGGGUGGGCAGUGCAUGGAGCGCCAGGACGUGGCGGAGAUCACCAAGCAGCUGCCCCCUGUGGUGUCUGUCAGCAAGCCAGGCACCCUUCGUCGCUCUCUGUCUCGCUCCAUGUCCCAGGAAGCACAGAGAGGCUGAGAGGGACUGUGACUCGGGCUCCACAGUGCCUGCUUUGGGCUGGGCCCUUCCUGGCUAAGGCCAUGGAGGGGAGCUGCUGGCCAUGGAUGCUUUGUAGUUUGCCCAGAGUUGGGGGCUAGAGGAGGAGGGAGCCAGAGGCCAGGAUGCCUGGGUCCCCUGAGUUCCCAAAGGGAGCAAAGAUAGUGAGCACAGCUGAGUACGCCCAGCCCCAGGAGAAGGGACAAAAGAUGCUGGUGAGGGUGAGAAGUCCCUGAAACCUGGUCCAGAUUUCAGCUUCAGAGAAGGACAAGAAGUGUACAGGGAUCUGGAAUGCUCUGGGAAGGAGGCGUGGAGAAAGCAGGAGGGAGGGGGAUGUGAAGAGGGCAGAGGCAGAGUGGAACCCCCAGCACCCCCAUUAGCGCUGCAAUAAAUGCUCAGUCAUGUUC